UCGAGAUUUGUAUGUUGAGUCUUGACAGUUUUCUUGUUUAUUUGCAAGAGAAUGAGCACUGGAAUGUUGAGAGCGGGAUCGUCUCGCCGAUCGAAAACAAAGUCCCCUUACGCGAGACCUGCACGAUCAACACGAUCCAUGCCGGCCACGGACCAAGCACGUGGCCCCGCACUGGCCACAGACCAAGCACGUGCUACAGACCCCACCCUGCCCACAGAUCAAGCUACGACGUCAAGUGUCCAAAACAUCCCCCAAGUUCCAAGCAGUGUCCCUAAUGCCUGUGGAAUGUAUAGCUCACCGCCUGCGCAGAUGUCAACUAUGCCUGCGUUAGAGCCUCAACACAGUCAACCGCAAGGAACCAGUAUGUCUACUGUAACAUCACCUCUGGUGGCUCAACACGUGGCGCAGAUUCAGGCAGUUGGCACCAUGGGCAGACUGCCAUCCUUAUCCAGUACCUACUCAAUUUUGGAGCCUUUUGAAGGGCAUGUCAAUCGUUUAAUUGACGCGAGUCUCUCAAGCAACACAAAGAUUGCUUAUGACAAAGCCAUUAAUGUUUUUCAUGACUUCAGGUUUUACCAACAGUGACAAAAUCUAGAUUCAAUAUGGAUUGUUGGAUCAUCUCUUAUUAAAAGAGCUGAGCAGUAUG